AUGGAUCGUCUCAAUGAGUUAGUUGCACCAAAAACAUUUCACAAAGUCAGCCGUGUCGCUCUUAUCAGUUGGUACUUGAUUGGGGUAAUGUGCCUUGGCAUUUUUUCAGACACAGAAAACAGCGAAUCCAGUUUUGUAACCACUAACUUCGUCCUUAUUGGAAUUGUUUGUGCUAUUUACUCCCAAAAAGUAAGUGCUAUAGUCGAUGAUAACCUGUCGCCAAGCGCUCCUAACGACGGUAUCCUCGAGGGACAGUCGAGCGAAAAAGAAAAUGCAUUAUCCACUGAAAAGGAGCUGUUUUUUGCUUACGGCUUUCAACUCUUUAUGAGGUUCUCGUUAAGAGUUAUCUUCAUAAUGAUACAAACUCUAUGUCUCUAUCCUUUAGACUUCCCCUCCAGCUUUUCUUGUCAUCUAGAGAAUUCUACUAGCGUCACACAAAACACCAAAUCAACUUUCCACGAUUGUCAUAAUCAACGAGCAACUAGGAAAAACUCCUGGAAGGGCGCCAUUCUUGUUGUGAACGGAAUUUUUCUCUUUGUCAUUCUGAUAGAAGCCGUUCUUAUUUUGGUACGAGCAUGGAGAGAUGAUAGUUUUAUGAAAAAUUCCAAGUUUGUUAAAGAUUACCUAAAUUCCUCUCAUGGAAAACGAAAGCUUCGGAAAUUUAUCGAAAAUACGAAGAAAAAAAUUGAAGAAGACACAUGUCGACUUCCACAACUCCAGUCGCUUUUUUCAAGCCCCUGGCAAGGACAUCGAGCUAAACAUUUGGAUCUGGAUAAGAUUUUUACAAACCUGGACUUUGUUAAAGACCUAGUUAAACAUGAAGGACAGGAGAGAGCAGAAGUCGUCGCCACAUGGGGCGAGAGAAGCACAGAUCCUGAAGAGCCGGUGCAGUUCCCAAAGAACAUUGUUAAUCACAAAAACAAAAUCGUUUAAAUUGUGGGUCGUCCGGGAAUCGGUAAGACAUUUUUCUGUACCAAACUUCUCAGAGUCUGGGCAUCUGACAAAGAAUUCCAUAAAUCUUCUGAUGCUGAAAUUCAUUUUGAUGUUGCUUUCUUCAUCAAAUUUAGUGCAUUCAACACAGCAGCCGACCUUAGCCUCAGAGAAAUGCUCACUUUGUCGGAACACUCCCCCUCAGAUCGCAUGGAUGAUGAAGUCUGGAAUUACAUCCUUGAGAACCCCGAAAGUGUUUUGUUUAUGUUCGAUGGAAUCGAUGAAUUCAACCAUAACUCGAAGAUUGGCGACGAAAAUUAUCAUCCUCAAUUCAGAGCUCGCCCGGACGAGAAGAUGCCUCUCUUCGCUCUCUAUGAGAAGCUUGCGACUGGAAAACUUCUCGACGGAGCUGCUGUUUUAACAACUACAAGAUCUGCGGCUUUGUCGUGCAUCGAAAGGCUUCCUUUCGACAAAGUCUUCGAGAUCAUCUCCUUCUCUUUCAAACAAGUCGAAAAUUACAUAGAAAAAUUUUCUGAAGACACGCAUGGAAAAGAAACUCUACGGCGAACAAUCUGGAACUGCAAGAACAUCAGCUCUUUAUGUUACAUUCCUGGGAGUUGCUUCAUCAUUUGCUCGACUCUAUUUCGAAUGGUGAGUAACAAUGGUUCUCAAAGUCCUAGACCAACACAACAAACAGAUGUUUACAAGAAAGCAGUGAAAAUUUUUUAUCUGAGAUACUGCAAAAAAUUCCGCUACAAGAAUUUCCCUAGAGAAGACUUAGAAUCAGCUGAUUUCCCCCCUGAAGUAGCCCCGGAAGUAGCAGAGACAUUCGACAAACUGGAAAAAAUAGCGUUUGAAGGAAUUGUAGAAGGACAGCUGAAAUUUGGAGGAAAUGAACUACGCGCAAUGGAAGACAGCCCUUUUCUUCACCGUUUACCCGACCAACAAUUCUGUUUCAUUCAUUCAACAAUGCGAGAGUUUUUCGCUGCGAAGCACCUGGCAAACAUGAGUGAAACAAGAUUGAGGUACUUUGUUUCUGAACACAUCGCGGACGGCAAAUGGAAACUGGUUUUACAGUUUCUAGCAGGACUAAUGAAUGAUGGAGAAAGACUACCGAGCACAAUUAUCACAGACCUUCUUCCUCUAGAAACUGAAGAGAAAGAAGACGUAUGCUACAACGAAGAGUGGACAGAGGAUAUGGAGCCAAGGAAAGUCACCUGCUGGCCAACUAAAGAUAGAUUACAUUUAGCAGAGACAUUAAUUAAAUGUUGUAGCGAAAAUAGUAAAAUGGAGCAAAUAGUUCAAAGAAAACUUCAGCAAAUUUACUUUACUUGUGUAGAUAUUCUCUCUUAUCAACUCACACCUUUUGAUUGUUCUUCAUUAGUUUCUGUAAUUAAGAAUGUUCAAAACAUUUCACAUCUAGAUUUGAGUCUCAAAAGGAUUGGUCAGUUAGGAUGUCUUAAGAUUUGUGAGUUACUAAAAUGUAGCAAUUCUCAACUGAGCUGGUUAAACCUCUCAUUCAAUCAACUGACAGAUAAAGAAGCAAAGGAUUUAGCUAAAGCCAUGAAAAACGACAACUGUCAGCUACGCUUGUUAAACCUCGAGGGAAAUAACAUCAAAGACGAAGGAGCUCAGAACUUGGCAAACGCCAUCAGUAACGACAACUGUCAGCUACGCAGGUUAUUCCUCACAUCAAAUAGCAUCACAGAAACAGGAGCACAGCACUUGGCUGAAGCCAUCAGCAACGACAACUGUCAGCUACGCACGUUAGACCUCUCAUGUAACAAAAUCGAGGACGAAGGAGCAAAGCACUUGGCUGAUGCCAUCCAAAGGGAAAACUGUCAGCUACGCAUUUUAGCACUUAAAAGAAACAACAUCACAAACAAAGGAGCAAAGCACUUGGCUGAUGCCACCAACAACGAAAGCUGUCAGCGACGCACAUAUAUCGACCUCUCACAAAAUAACAUCACCGCAGUUGCCAAUGAGAGAUGUGUUAUCGAUAUUCCUACGCAGUAAGAUCUCCUAUAACGAUAACAAACCAUCCUGUAACAGUGACAAACCACAAACAAACAAACCACCCUGUAACAGUGACAAACCACAAGGAGAAGCAGCUUACAUUACCAUCGAAAUGGAGGUUUCUAAUCAGUCCACAAAUAUUUCAUAAAACUAGUCAAAAAAAAUUAUGUUAAUCACUUAAAAAUUAAAAAUGUGAGGUCUGUAACCAGCUCAGUGACAGGUACAGCUCAGAACUCAAAGCGUGAAAGAAAACCAACUUUGUGAAAUGCUCACAACGGCGAGAUUCUUUGAACCGGAUCGAAAUGAAGAAAAAUGAACCAUUGAACAUGUUUAUUCAGAGCAAAGGAUAUCACACAAUUUCUUUUUCAUGUUCGAACCAAUUACAUUGAAGUAAAAGCACAAACCUUACCGCGGAGAGAACAAACAGACCUCGGUCCUUUUAGGAAACUGUCAUUUUAUAAUUGGUUAGUUUCAAUCCUAAAUUUACUGCUUGCUUCUUUAUGUUCAAUUGCGUCUGUGACAAGGAACAGGUUCCUGUUGAGUUUAUUGAAGUUCUUUUGCAGAUUAUAAGCUGAUCAAAUGAGCAAAUAAAGCACAGAUUGCUUGCUAGAAACAAAAACAAAUUUUUUUUUGCUCAAAGCGAUCCGGUUCAAUUAAUCUCGUACUUUUCUGUCCGUGAAAUUAUGACCAAAUUCAGUAAAUUUAUAAGUUCUAGCUUGCUUUUCAAAAGGCAAAAUACCUUAUUGCAGAUUGGCUGUGUGAGACAUGUCAUUGAUGAAAUAUUAAUUUACACAACUAAUGCAGGUUUCUGCUGUUGUUGUAAAUACUAGAGUGUUUUGUACAAAUUAUUUAGGCUUGUUACUAUUACCACGAUAAAAUAAAAGGUGUAAGACUAACUAAAGAAGGUGCA